ACAGGGCAACCAAAAACGUGCUAUGUUGUGACUGAAUGGGACAUCGCUCUUUGAAACAGCCACAGUCUCGACUUGAACACACGUGUGGGCGGGGAGAUUAUAACGUUAGUUAAACUUUACAAGGCUUUAACAUUGUGGUCACUGCAGCUGUGAAACACCUCAAACCUCUUCCUGGACCGUGAAGCUAACGGCUAACAGAGCCGAGGGGGAGGAACCAAAACAAGACGGUAGCCCGCUGCUGCUGAGCUCAAACACAAGGUUUGUAUUUAUAACGAAAGCCCGUGUGCUAACAUGUCGGCCGUGUCCAACGAGACGAGGAAACGGAGCAAGAAGCGGUACGCGGCCGGACACCACAACAAGCGGUGGAAAGGCUCCCGGGAGCUGGAGGUGGGCAUGCAGGGGAUCCUCAUCACAUGCAACAUGAACGAGAGGAAGUGCACCGCGGAGGCCUUCAAUCUGCUCAAUGAAUACGCCGACAAGCUCUAUGGGCCCGAGAAGCUGCAAGAAAACAAUGGGAGCAGCAGUGAAGAAGAGGAUGCUGAUGAAGAAGAUGUUGAUGAAGCCCUGAAGAAGGAGGUGGCACAGUUGAAAGCGUCUGGAGCGAAACAGGAGAGGCGCUUCCAGGCUUUGGACAGCGGAGCAAACAACGUCAUCUUCAUCAAAACUCACAAUCUGGAAUCUGACAAGUUGGUACAUCAUAUCCUGUCCGAUCUCCACACCACCAAGAAGAAGAAGUCGCGUGUGAUACUUCGGAUGCUACCGGUAACUGGAACAUGUAAGGCCUUCCAGGAUGACAUGGUGAAGUACCUGACUACUUUCCUGGAGCCUUGGUUCAAAACCCCAAACUGUGGCACCUACCAGAUUGCCUUCAAGGCUCGCAACAGCAGCCACAACAAGAGAGACGAAAUCAUCAAAUCAAUCGCAGGACUCGUGGGGAAGCUGAACCCAAAGAACAAAGUUGAUUUGACCAACCCAGAACUGACAAUCAUUGUGGAGGUCAUCAAGGCAGUGUGUUGCAUCAGUGUUGUAAAGGACUAUACGCUGUACAGGAAGUACAAUGUGCAGGAGGUGGUGAAAGAGGACACACCAAAGCCUGACGUGACCACAGCAAAAGCAGAUACAAACACAGCUGAGCUAAACGAGAAACAGGAUGCAGAGGACACAAACAAAGAGGAGAAGAAAGGUGAAGACAACGACGACAACAACGUGCCACAAGACAACAAGGAGGCUGAUAAGAGUGAAGGUGACGGGGAGUAAGAGCCCACAUUUUUGAGAAGCCGAUUGACAGAUUUUGAAUUUGUUUUAAAAAAACAUAAUCUUAAGUUUCAUUACAUUGUAGUGUUUUUGUUUUAAGUGACAGGUUAAAGCAAGAUUAUGUCCAUUUUAUUUUUCACAACUGCUAACAUGACUCCUCGAUGGUUUUGGAAGAAUCAUUCAGAAUAUAAUUUAAUGUCUUUUUAAAAAUAUUUGUAAGCAUAUCGUUGAUACGUUUGUACCAACUUCAUUGAGAUGUCCAUUUUUAAAUAAGCGAUGUUGAAUUAACUGUACAUAUCACUGUUCUGCAGCAUAACGGCCAUCAGCUCAGUUUUUUUUAAACAGAAUUUGAUUUUAAUUUCAGUGUCAUUUUAUUUUUGCUAUUUUUAUUCAGCUGUUUAACUGGUGUGUCACAUUUAGUAAUCUGGUUUUUGUAACUGUUAUUAUCUGAAGCAGUCCCUGAAUUAAAGUUACCUGUGUUUGA